CCCGAUGAGCCAUGUCUAUAUGUACAUGUCUUGUUCAAGUUCAUGAGUUUGAUGUGUGUGUUUCACUGCAGACGUCACACUCAAUAACACAGCCAGCUGUAGUUCAGGGGUGUGUGAUUUCUGGUUAAAGGAGUUUUUCAGUUUUGCCGUCAGUUAGUUGUUAAUGUUACUAAUCAUUUAAGGUUAGGCCACAAUCAGUGCGUUCUUACAAGAGAAAUGAGACUCUCCUUCUGUUCUCCAGGUGCACUAGCUGAGUUUUUGGACCCCCAGCAGCAGGUUGUGGUUGGUGUUGGAAGAACAGCUCGACUGCACUGCCGUUUCAGCAGCUCUGGGCCUGUGGCUUCCUGCUGGAUUCAUGACCGUGAAAAGGUUGUGUUAGAAGGGCCGCGAGUGUGUGUGACGAACACCUGCAGUAGCAGCACCCUGGUUCUCUCUGAUGUUCUUCCUGUAGAUGUGGGAAGUUAUUCUCUUUUUGUUUGUAACCGAGGAGGCACUGCUCACUGGACCAUAAGCCUCCGAGUCAUUGAUCGUCCAGACCCUCCAGCCUCGUGUCCGUUUGUGUCCCAGCUGACCCCCACGUCUCUGGUUCUGUCCUGGUCUGGGCCAUGCUAUAACGCAGCGGGAGUCAGUGAUCCCAGCAAGGAGUCAGACUGCAUUAAGAUGAACACUGCAGGUGAACCACAAUGGGAAGUGACCUCAUAUGUGGAGGUUGUGCCUGACACCACACACAAAGCCAGGGAUCAUUAUCACGUCCAUGAAAAACUAGGAGUGGGGAAGUUUGGGGAGGUGUACAGGAUGAGCCAUAAGCAGACGGGUUGGGUGUGUGCUGGGAAAUUCUACCGGGCCCGUGUCUCCAGAGAGAAAACAGCAGCGCGUCAAGAAAUCAAACUGAUGAAACAAUUACACCACCCCAAGCUGGUGCAGUGUCUCGCAGCCUACGACACCCCGUCCGAGAUCGUCAUGAUUCUGGAGUAUAUUGCAGGUGGUGAGUUGUUUGAACGGAUAGUAGAUGAGAAUUUCGAGCACACAGAACCCAACAGUGUGAACUACAUGCGUCAGAUCCUGGAAGGAAUCCAGUACAUUCAUAGCAAACGCAUUGUUCACCUCGACCUGAAACCAGAGAACAUUGUCUGUGUGAACAGCGCUGGGACGCUCAUCAAGAUCAUUGACUUUGGAUUGGCCAGCAAACUGGAGGCCGGGAAACAUCUGAUGGUGUUACAUGGGACUCCAGAGUUUGUGGCCCCAGAGGUAGUCAAUUAUGAGCCUGUAGAUCUGGCCACUGACAUGUGGAGCAUUGGCGUCAUCUGCUACAUCCUACUGAGUGGCGAGUCUCCAUUCCAGGGAAACAGCGAUGCCGAAACCUUAGCUCUGGUUACUGCAGCGCAAUGGGAGUUUAACCCUGAGAGUUUUGAUGGCAUCACUGAUGAGGCCAAAGAUUUCAUCAGUGGCCUAUUGAGGGAGGAUAAGAGAACAAGACUAUCAUGUGAGAAAGCAUUAGCUCAUCCCUGGAUAGCUUUAUUUGAUGACUCAAACUCCAGAUCAACCAAAUCCCUUAACAAAGACAAGAUGAGAAGGUUCCUGGCCCGACAGAAAUGGAAGAAAACCGGAAAAGCCCUGCUUGCUCUGAAAAGGAUGGUUCACUGCAGCAAAUCUGAUGCACUGCAUUCUCCCUCCAUUUCUGUAGAUGCGAAUGCUCUGGGGAAAGAAGCCGAACAAGCUGUGGCAUCUCUGGAAAAACAGUUGUGGAGUGAACCACGCUUCCAUCGAGCCCUGCAUGACCUCACUGAGAGCUGCGGAGCCACGGUGCACCUGGCCUGUACAAUACAAGGAUAUCCUGACCCUGAAGUGGUUUGGCUGUUUGAUGAAGCGCCGCUGGAGAAGACCAGACGCGUUCAGAUGAAUUAUGAUAAGAACGGCAUUUGCACACUCACCCUUGCUCAAGUACAACCAGGGGAUUCUGGGAUUUACAAAUGCUGUGCGUCCAACAGCCUGGGGCAGGCGCGGUGUUCUGCCAGACUCACCGUGCAACUCUAGAACAUCAAAUCUAUGAUAAGUGUAAAGAAAAUGGCAGAUUUCUAAUGCGAAACGGAAUAUUUGGAACAGUGUGCAAAAAUGAUUGAAACAAAAGUGCUUUCAAACUAUCCACGUUUUACGUCACUCGAAGCUGUUGUAAUUCACAAUUUCUGAAUUGUUCUAUUGUUGAUUUAAGUCACGAUUUACUCCACAAUCUUAAUGUUAGUUUCAAGUUUAAUUUCUAUAAUUUUCCCUGGUGUGAAACAUUUUAGCCAUUAAUUUUGUUUGAGCAUUGUGUUUUUCUACAGAACCUGGGCAUGAUUUGAUUCUGCUUAAUUUAAGACAAAGAAAUUUUAAAAUGUUACAUUUGCUGUACAUGCAUGCGUGUGUGUGUGUGUGUGUAUAUAUGAAGAAUAAAUGUAUUAAAGUUUUAUUAAUUUAAGAUGUUUUUUUUAAUGGCUAAUCCAUGAAUACAUCAAAAAUCAUUUUGUAAAUUUGCCUGAAAUCACUGACCAGUUGGUCUGUUAUGGGUUAAUCUGACAUUCAGUUUUAACUUUGGUCUUCAGGAGGCACAAUAUAGAUUAAUAACCGUCUUCUCUCUUUCAGAGCAUGUAUAAUCUACACCACAAUCAUGGUCAAAGCCGUUUCCACUGAAAAUAACUCCCAGCGAUU